AUGGUCGACGCCAAACGGCAACGCAAUCAACAAGUCUUGCUGGAAUCGGGACUCUUGUCCCUCGCCGCCACCGUGCGCGCAUCGGCUCGUCCCGUACCGACCCGGACCCACACCGGCCUCACGGCCCGGAAACGGAACGCGACCCACGACGGGAAAUUCGAAUCGGCCAGACUCCAACGCAAAUCCAACCGGAUUGCCGGAAUUGCCUCGGACGGACUCUACGUGCAAGAAGAACGGGCCGGACGAUUCACCCUCGCCGGUACCCACGACACCAACAACCCUAGCCGUAUUGACAGCAUGGACACCGCCAACACCACCAACCACAACAAUAACCACAACCAAAACGACGUCAAGGAACACUACCGGGGACGCGUCAACGAUGGGGCGGAUCUUUCCUUGGCGCAAGUCGUGGCUCUCGCCGGACCCAAGUGGACCGACGACGAUUCGCUCUCUCACGCGCAAGCCUUGUUUCGACGCCUCCAAAGUGCGGAUUUUGCUCCACCCGACGAUUGUGCCCUACCCGACACUCCCCACGCGGCACACAAGGAAAUGGACAAUACCACCACAGCCAUUCCUUGUAAAGUGGUAACUCCCGGCAGUACCCCCACCAACACUCUCCACAACACUACAGACACCACCAUCCCUUCCCACGACCACUUUGUCCGUCAAGUCCAACACAUGUCGGUCGAUUCCGAUCACCAGGUUGCCAAGGUCGUCCCCGAUCGGAUAUACGGUAUUGCUACCCAUCCAUCUCCCCACCAGCUCAUUGUUUGUGCCGGGGACAAGUCGGGAUACGUCGGCAUCUGGAACGUGGAUGCCUAUCACCCCGAAAAAGACACGGACAAGGCCGUGCACGUCUUCAAGUACCACUCCGGAGCCGCCGCUUGCUUACAAUGGAACUCCAACGGUACAUCCCUCUUGUCGGCUUCGUACGACGGUACCGUUCGCGUAUUGGACGUAGCUACGGCAUCGGCACAACAAGUUUUUGCCACUUUCGACGACGAUCCCGUCCACGCCCACAGGCCUGGCGCCAACACGGAUACCGGCUACCGUUUCUGGACGCAGUACGCUUGUUGGGAUGCCUCUGAACAAGGCCUCUUCGUAGCCACUUCCAUCGGCACCGCGCUGCACGUGGACUUGCGGACCGCUCCGGCCUCCAAAGUUACCUUUCACGAACAGCUUGCCGAAAAGAAAAUCAACACGCUCAGUCUCCACCGCAACGGCCACACGUUACUUUCCGCCGGCUUGGAUUGCCAGUUGCAAACCUGGGAUUGGCGCAAACUGGGUGACAACCGUACGUCCCGACACUCCAAGGCUCCCUCACCGGUGGCAUCUUACCACUGUGGCAAAUCGGUCAAUUCCGCCUAUUUUUCUCCUACCGGAACCUACGCCGUGGCGACCACCAUGGCGCACAAACUGGACAUUUUUACCAAUCUGGAACGGGCCAGCGGCUCGAACAGCAAACCGACUAAAAGUCUUCGCCACGAUAACUUGACGGGUCGUUGGUUGACCACCUUUAUGGCUGUUUGGCAUCCGACGCUGGACGUCUUUGGAGUGGGCAGCAUGCAGAAACCCCGUGCCGUGGAGAUCUUCGACCCCAGUCGUACCGUUCCCUUGGUACGGGCUAUCCAAGGCGACGCCUUGACGGCCGUGGCGAGUCGAUGUGCCUUUCACGCUUCGACGGGUCGACCCGUCCUGGUCGGCGGCAACUCCAGUGGACGAGUCACGAUUGUGCGGUAG